UAGCUGUGUGAGAAGCAGCAUCAGCCUGGAUACUAAGGACCUGGAGGACAUGGAGCACUUUAUCCGAAUAUAAAUCAUCAUUAAAAGCAAACAUGAAAGCUCAACGUCCAUGCUGCACAGACAAGGAGGAGAGUAUUGAUGUGAAGGCUCUGAGGAAGAGAUUCAACAACCAGGCCAGCAACUCGGACAACAGCAGCCGAGACAGCGGCUCACCAAAAUCUCCCCGGCCCGGGUUUGGGAGAGCAAUCCUACCUGCGUUAGAGAACGAGCUGGCCCACAGACUGUCGCCCACAGUUCCUCCUCCUGGAGCCGUCCCGGGUCAGGUGAGGUUCCCGAGGCCUGAGGGGAUGGCGGCCUCCAUCCCCCCCAGGCUUCCUUCUUUCCCUCGACAGCCUCCUUUUUCUCCAGUCAGAGCGUCCAUUCAGUCGGCAGACACCAGCAGGGUCAAGCAGACGGGGGAGAAGCUGCAGAACAUGAUGCUGAGAAACCAAAGACCUCCAGGUCCCGUUCUGGGGCUCGCCCCAGCUCCAAGUUCAGCUCAAGGUCCCGCAAAAUCUCCCACCGCCACACCUCUUCCACUUCGACACCAGCCACGGCAGAAGAGCACAGGAGACGUCAUCCCGCUGAGGAAGCCCCUGCCCCCUGAGGGCCCCAUGCCCCUGAAACCCAGACGACCUCCAAAUGUUAACCUGGAACCGUUUCUGAGGGCCAAGCAAAGACCUGCUCUCCCUGUCCGCGUGAACAGUGAUGGCUCAGCAGGCAGGAGGAUGUCUUCACCAGGAGUUGUUGCUCCAGAGCCUCCACUACGAACCAACAAGCCCAGCACACUUCCGCUUCAGGUCGCCGAUCCAGACUUGGAGGAUGAACAGGACACCUAUGAUGAUAUUGGAUUGGAUUUUGAUAAAAAUGAGUCCCACAGUGACAACAGUUUUCAGCACAUGGACGACGAUGAUGAUGAUGAGGUGUACGAGUUUAUAGAUGAGGACCAGCUGGAGAUUAACCGUUUGGCAGGUGAGAUGAAAAACAGGACAGACAUGAGAAGGCAUGAGCUGGACAAGAAUGAGCACCUGGGGCAUCAGAAGAAAAUGAACGAGGUGAAGAAGAGGUUUCAGUUGCAAGGGGAGGUAGAGGUUCUUCACAUAGCCAGAGUUCGACACGACUGGCACGGAGAAGGAAAACUGGACCUGGGGGUUCGACAGGGAGAGAGAGUGGAGAUCCUCCGCGUGAAGAACAACCCUGGAGGCAAAUGGCUGGCUCGCUCCCUCGGUGGAAACUACGGCUACAUCAGCAACGCAUGUGUGGAUGUUGAUUAUAACGCAAUAAAAUCUGAUAUCCACAAGAUGAGAAAAACUGAGACAUCAGAGCUGCCCCCACCACCUCCAGACCCCCAUCACAUGUUCAGAGUGGACACCAACAAUAGAAACAGCAUGCUUGAAGAUGACGAUGACUAUGAUGACGUACAGCCACUGCCCGAGGAGUUCCCCCCACCACCAGUUGAAAUCAGCUUGGAUCCCAAAGUGGAGAAGGAGUUAAAGAAAAAAUUUAAGUAUGAAGGGCCUGUCAGAGUGCUGCACAGCAUGAUGGUGGAUCCCAACUGUAUCAUAAAGAAACUAGGAUCCAAAGACCUCCCUGUGACUCAGGGAGAGGUUGUGGACGUCAUCCAGGUCACCAACAGCAAAAAAGUCCUGUGUCGAAAUAGGUUUGGAAAAUACGGUUACGUGUCAAGAGCUAUUCUUCUUCCGAUGGAAGGAGAUGUUUAUGAUGAUGUUGACUACGGCUGUGACAUCUAUGACAACGACUCUCCUCACGCAGAUUAUUAAAUCACAUCAAACUAAGCACACACACUUGCACUGUGAGAAACAAACUAUAGAAAGCAAACUAUAAUAAACAAACUAUAGAAAAAAGCAAAAAGCUUAACUUGCACUGUGAGAAACAAACUAUAAAAAGCAAACUAUAAUAAACAAACUAUAGAAAAAAGAAAAAAACUUAAGCUUUUAUUGAGACUGGAAGCAAAAAGAUGAAUCUCGAGAGAAGACAGAGGCUCCGUCUGAAUACAAACGUUUCAUUUGUGUCCAGAAAGUUAGAGGUUUGUAGUCAAUGUCUUGUAAAAGUUUCAUAUAUAUACAUAUAUAUAUAUAUAUAUAUAUAUACUAAGAUGCUGGGAAACUUAAAACCUCAAACUAUACUCAUCAUACAGUGAUGUGAACAAGGAUAUACACCUUUUAUUUAUAAGGUUUUACGUAUUAGGACAUAAAAAACAGAGACACACAAUGUAAUGUUUCAUGGACAUUGAUCAGUUGAGGAUGCAUUUAGUUACUUUUAAGACACGAUAAGUACUUGACAUCUUCUUUUAAUGUCCUGAUACAGAAAACAGAGGAUUGCUGUGGAAAAGUCAGUAGAGAUGGUUGCUCUCCAACUAAAAGGUUGCCAUGCCAACCCAUCCCUCAUUACCGCAGUCGCCCUUUAAUGCCACACACAAGCCUGUAUUAAUGAGUCCUUAAAGACGCUGCUUUUUGCUUUGGUCUUGAUGCAUAAAACGUCCUUUUUUACAUAAUUAUAUGUCACUAAACAAAACAAAUUUCAAGAGCAUUGUGAUGCUUAUCUCAGCCUUCACCCAUUCAAAGAACAUUACAUUCAUUUCCUGACGACAUACACUGUAUAACCCAAAAAACAUAGUGGGACAUAGGCGGAAGUUGUUUACGAAUAUGUGAAUCAAUCAAGAUUGUAGUGUACAAGUGCUUUGAUUGGUCAACAGGACUUCAACAUUAGUAGUAAAUUUACCAUUUACAUACAUAUAUACUGAUAGCUGAUGAGAAUACCAAACUAUUCAUUGCAUUGUUCAUCAAACUGCUUGUAUAAAAAAUGAAUACACUAUUACUGUUGCUUUGUGUAUUUCUCAGCAUUUAAAAUAAUUUAAAUAAAUGUAAUGUCUUUUUUCUGA